CUGGACCGCCUGAGAAGUGGCCGCAACGGCGAGGAGAGCCAUGGGUCAGGCGGCCAAGGUUUUACAGCUCUUUAAAACACUGCACAGGACCAGACAACAAGUUUUUAAAAAUGAUGCCAGAGCAUUAGAAGCAGCCAGAAUAAAGAUAAAUGAAGAAUUCAAAAGUAAUAAAAAUGAGACUUCUCCUAAGAAAAUAGAAGAGCUAAUGAAAACAGGUUCUGAUGUUGAAUUGUUACUAAGAACAUCUGUCAUUCAAGGUAUUCACACAGACCACGAUACACUCCAAUUGGUCCCUAGGAAAGACCUUCUUAUGGAAAAUGUGCCAUAUUGUGAUAUACCAACCCAGAAGCAAUGAAUAUUCUAGGAUAAAACAAGUCUUUGCACUUUUUAACUUUAAAAUACACAACUCUGGCAGAAGUCCUGCAAAUGCAGACAUUUUUCCUGAACUGGCAUAUUGAAAGAUGAAUGAAUUAAAGAAUAGCUUCAUAAUUAAACUUCAUGUUGAAAGGA